UAUACGAAUCAAUAUUCAAUUAAACAAACUACAUGUAAAGAGAAAAAGUAAGUACUGGUAGCUAUUAGGAUUAAUGAUAUAUACUAGUUGCAGUAGAUACUGAUUUUGUUGGCUCUGUAUAGGUCAUCGUUAUCUUGUGUUUAGAAGACGGCUCUCUACUCUACAUUUUGCAUUGAAAUUGAACAAAGGGAUAAUAACAAAGACCAUUUACUAGAUGAAAAUGGAAAGGUUUAUGUCCGACCAUUGAUUUUUGAUUACAGUGUAUUUCUGGCAAUUUUUCGAUUGAUCUGGUAGAAUACUGACGAUGAAAUAAACACGAGCUGUCCUAGGGAUCAUGUAAUCAAAAUUCUCUGUCAUUAUUGACGACGUCCCUGGAGAGAAACAUCUUUCGUAGUUGGAAAUUAUAGGAAUGAUAAAUUCGUCACGAAUGGUAAUCCAAUCUGUGGAUAUCAGGGAUUUAAUGCGACAGUUGUGAUGCGAAAAGUGUUAGAGUGAAUGUGUGUUUUAACCAAAAUGCACACAAUGUCACUUCCUUUGAGUUUCAAUGUUCAAGCUAAGUUUAAGUUUUAUUGUGAUGAAGAAAGUAUGGUGAAGGAUUGGAAACAAGCAGCCAAAUAUAACGCGUCACAAGCCACGUUCUUAGAAGGAAUGUUACUGAAGAAUGUCGACCCUGGAGGAACCCUUCUGUAUGUAGAUUAUUCCGUGUUUUAUGGUGGAAUGAGAGACCUUAGACAAAUCUCGUGGGAACCCUUACAGAAGCAUAGUAUUAAUAACAUACUUAGAAUCCAAAAUCAUCAGUAUUCUGCAGAGAUCCAACCUCGAAGACUCAUGGAAGAAGGUUGCUAUGACGAAGAAGAAUGUAUUGUUCGUGAAACAGUCAAACAGCUCCCAAGAACCCCAGUCUCAAAAGACAGUGUAUAUAUUCUCUCAGCAUUCCAUACGAUGGACAUUACAGAAAAUCUCGAACGGAGAUGGAUGUCUUGGAGCGGUGCCAGAGUCAUUCUAUGGAAAUGUCCGAAAGACUUAAAAUUGCGCCGUAUUACAUUUUUACGUUCUACAACUGAAAGAGACAGCUAUAGUUAUCUCGUUCUUGCUGAGUGUGAAGAAGGGAUGAAUUGUUUAAAUCUCGCGAGACAAUUUGCUGACCACUUGAAGGAUAGAAGGUGCGGACUUGUGGGCUUGUACAAAGUAGAACGUUAUUACAUUCCACAGUUAGCCAGAUCUCAUAGCUCAAGUACAGUGUAGAACCAAGAGAAGAGCUCAAAACACAAGUACAAUUUAGAACAAACAGAAGAGCUGAAAGCACAAGUACAAUAUAUAACAAACAGAAGAUUCUAUUUUACACCAUCCAACAGUAGAAAUACAUAUAAAGAACAUAACAAUAGAAUAAUCUUAAUGAUACAGACUAAGUGUAACUCUUCCAAAAUGUUACAUAAUUGUCAACCAAGAGCACAUGUGUAGUAAAGAAUAUUCUGAAAUAGCCAAUUUUAUAGUAGAAGGACUUGUCAUAUUUUCAUAGUUUACAGAAGGUAUGCACUCGCACAAAUGAUUACAGAAGUACGAUGCCGAAUAUCUGUAUGGCAAUUACACACAACAUUAACAUGAUUAGGAAGAAAAUGAGCAUCUCAAUAUUCAGAACUGCCAGUACCAUAUGUAAUUCAUUAAGACUAAGAAAGAAUGUCAUUUUUCUACUAAGCAUACUAAGCAUACACUUGACAACGAUUCCAUACACGUAUUUCAUAAAGUAUGACCAAAACGUAGUUUGUUGUAAAUAACAAGAAAAACAACGUUGGCAUUAUGUCACUUUCGUUUCAGAAUUAUAGAUUUAUUAAGAAACUUAAAAUUCGAAAAGGGUUAUAUAUAUUCUUAAUGAAUUUCUCAUAAUAUUGCGCAGAAAAUUAAGAAGUUGUCUCCAAAUAAUACUAGUAUAUUCUUUUCGACUCAACAUGCCAACGAAUGAAUGUACUUUUGAUACGUAUACAUGUGCAUUAUAUUGUCUAUUUUCCUAUUUUACGUUGAACAGUUGUAUAUUUGUUACAUUUCCAUUUUAUCCUGAACCAUUAAAACAGUAACUGUAUUAUAUGAUGAACUUUGUCAUUACCUCAUUAAUUGCCCUUUAACAUUCCCUAACAUUGCUUAUUGUUCACAUCCAUCUACAAAUAUAAUAAAUCAAAUAUUUAUUUAACUCU